AAUUGUUACUCCUCUUCCGUUGGUUCUAUCUUCCGCAUCGUCGUCUCCUCUGAGAGUCCGUACGCAUCGACGAUUCUCUCAUCUUCUCUCAAACACGACGACACUGGGUUGGUAAAUUAGAGUUGAAAGAUGUACAACGGAAUAGGGUUACAGACAGCAAGAGGAUCAGGAACUAAUGGUUAUGUUCAGACGAAUAAGUUUUUUGUGAGACCUAGAAAUGGUGGUAAGCCUGUUAAAGGUGGGAAAGGUUUUGAGGAUGAUGAAGGUACUGCUGGUUUAUCUAAGAAACCCAAUAAAGCUAUCCUUGAGCAUGACCGUAAACGUCAGAUUCAUCUUAAGCUUGCUAUUCUUGAGGAUAAGCUUGCUGAUCAGGGUUAUUCUGAUAUUGAGAUUGCUCAGAAGCUUGAGGAAGCUAGAGUGAGUCUUGAAGCUGCUGCUGCUGCUAAUGAAGAAGAGAGUGAUUCGAAGGUUUCUAAUACUCAGACUCAUCAGGUUGCUGCUAGGAAAGAGAAGCAGAUGGAAGCGUUUCGAGCUGCGUUGGGUUUGCCUGAUCAGCAACAGGUGGCUGAGGAGGGUAUUAUUGAUGAUGAGCCGAUGAGGGAGGGUUUUGAAGGUAGAUUGAAAGAGAGGCGGGAACAUUCUUUUUUGGACAGAGAUAGUGGGAGGAAGAAGGUAGAUGAGGAUGUGGAUGAGAAAGAUGCUAAGGUAAAGGAAAGCAAGAAGCAGCGAGGUGGUGAUGAUGAUGAUGUGGAUGUAGUGAAGCGUCAUAAGAAAAAAGAGAGCAAGAAGAGAAGACAUGAUGAUUCAUCUGAAUCUGAUGAGCAUGGUCGUGACCGUAGAAGGCGCUCUAAGAAGAAGGCUAAGGGGCGUAAACAAGAAAGUGAAAGUGACUCUAGCAGCUCGGAUUCUGAAUCUGACUCUGACAGUGAUGAUGGAAAGAAGAGAGGAAGGAAGAAGCCUACAAAGACUACAAAGAAACGCAGCAGAAGGAAAAGAAGUGUCUCUUCUGAAUCUGAAGAAGUUGAGAGUGAUGAUAGCAAGAAACUUAGGAAGUCACACAAAAAGAGCCUCCCCUCCAACCGAUCUGGUUCCAAAGAAUUAAGGGACAAACAUGAUGAACAAAGCCGAGCUGGACGAAAGAGGCAUGAUUCUGAUGUUAGCGAGCCUGAAUCGGAGGAUAAUAAACAACCACUGCGAAAGAAAGAAGAAGCUUACCGUGGAGGACAGAAGCAGAAAAGAGAUGAUGAAGACGUGGAGGCUGAUCAUUUGAAAGACAGAUAUACUAGAGAUGACAAGAAAGCUGCAAGAGACUCUGAUGACAGUGAGAUUGAGUAUCAGAACAAGAAACAACUGCGCAGUAAGGUAGAAGUUUACAGUGCAGGAAUGAGCCAGAAAAGAAAAGAGGAAGAAGAUGUGACCAAACAUGGCAAGGACAAGUAUAGAAGUGAUUCUCGUGGCAAGGAAGUUGCUAGAGACUCUGAUGACAGUGAGGCUGAGUAUGAAAAUAGGAAGAAGCUAAAGAAUGAAAGUUACCAACGAGGACGUAAACACAAAAGAGAGGAGGAUGAGGACAACGAUAACCAUGGGAGGGACAGAUAUAGAGGUGAUGAUGCUGUUAAAAGAUAUGGAACAAUUAAGGAAGACGACGAUAGGUAUAGAGGUCGAGCCAUUGAGGAAGAAGGAGAUGAUGAUAGGGGUAGAUACAGACCGAGACGAGAAAGUGUGAAGGAUGAUGAGGAAGAGUAUAAGCAUGGGAGAGACAGGUACAGAGGUGAUGGAAGACGAGCAACGGGUAAGGAAGAUGAUGAUGAUGAUAGAGUAAGCAGAGAGCGUGAAUACUCAAGCAGGGGUCGAAGUCGUUAUGAUGAUAGCCGAUCAAGUGGCAAGAGAUCCUCGCAUGGUUGAUGAUUCCUGUUUCAUCUUUGUCUGUUUAAAGUUUCUUAAAUGUUUUGUCGUGUUUGUCACAAACAUAAUCCUUGUUUUUUUUACUACUUGCAAACGAUGUUUUAGACUUAAUUAAGGUCAAAUGUUGUCUCAUAGAUUGUAGCCAAAUCUCACAACACCUGGCUCAUUCUGGUGAAUUUUAUCAAUUCGAGUUUAUUGGGACAUUUUAAUGCAUAAAUCUAAAAUUAGCUUUAUGGG